GCCAGCAGGAGAAGACGAGGAAGACAUUUGUACACGGAAGUCUUCCCUGGUCUUACCUCAAGUGUUGGGGAUUUUCUCGUUAAUCUGCGGUAAAUGUAUGAUUUGGUUUUCCUUUUCGCGGCGCCUCGGGCUGUGAUGGCAGACGAUGCCGCGCGGAGGGCGUGAGGAGCUGACAGAAGCGCCAAACCAGGGUUUAAACUCCGACAUAAACCCUCACCAUCGUCCCUGGAGCCUCUUUAAAGCUGUUUAAAUACAAUAAAAGGCAGCGACAUGGCGUCCCCCCGGCUGAAGUACGUGUCCCUGGGCGUGCUGGUGCUGCAGACCACCUCGCUGGUUCUCACCAUGCGCUGCUCCCGCACGCUGCCGGCCGACGGACCAAGAUACCUGGCCUCCUCCGCCGUGGUGGUGGCGGAGGUCAUGAAGAUCCUCGCCUGCGUCUUCCUGGUCUUCAAGGAGCACAGUUACAGCAUGCGAGCUCUGAACAGCAUCCUGCGGCAGGAAAUCAUUCACAAACCCAUUGAAACGCUGAAGCUGGCGAUCCCCUCGGGGAUUUACACGCUGCAGAACAACCUGCUGUACGUCGCCCUGUCCAACUUGGAUGCAGCCACCUACCAGGUGACGUACCAGCUGAAGAUCCUGACCACGGCUUUGUUCUCGGUGUCCAUGCUGGGACGCAAGCUGGGCAUCUACCAGUGGCUCUCUUUGCUGAUCCUCAUGGCUGGGGUGGCUCUUGUGCAGUGGCCCUCCGAGUCCGCCGGGACACCGCAGAAGGAGGCCCCCUCUGCCGGCUCCCAGUUCGUCGGGGUCACAGCAGUUCUGGUGGCGUGCUGCUCCAGCGGCUUCGCCGGCGUCUACUUUGAGAAGAUCCUGAAGGAGAGCAAGCAGAGCGUCUGGAUCCGUAACAUCCAGCUCGGAUUGUUUGGCCUGGUGUUUGGCCUCUUUGGGAUGCUGGCCUACGACGGGGAGAGGGUGAAGGAGUCGGGGAUGUUUCAGGGAUACAACUCAGUCACCUGGAUGGUCGUAGCCCUGCAGGCGCUGGGUGGUCUGGUCAUAGCAGCGGUCAUCAAAUACGCAGAUAACAUCCUCAAAGGAUUUGCAACAUCACUUUCUAUCAUUCUGUCGACUCUUAUAUCGUACUUCUGGCUGCAGGACUUUGAUCCCACAGGCGUGUUCUUCCUCGGGGCCGUUCUGGUCAUCAUGGCCACUUUCUUGUACGGCUACGAAAGCAAGCCACCUCCCAACCCCAGCAGGGCGUAGGCCGACUCUCCAGCUGCAGUAGGAAGUCAUGUUGAGGCUUCGAGGCGUGGAGGAAACAGACAAAAAAAGGAGGACUGAGAGACUAGGGAGAAAGAAGGGGAAAGGUCUUCACCCCAUGUUGCGACCACUAAGAGGAGGAGCAGCGGAGGAGGAAGAGGAGGCGAGCAGGCUGGAGGAAACAUGCAAGCACAAUGCUGUGGUGGCUCUCUCACCAAAAAAGUGCCUCAGUAAUGCAGGAUGAGAAAAGAAGACAUUAGUGUGUGUUUUUCUUGUUCUCUAUUAUUACCGCUGAAGAGAGAACCCUGGCUGUGACAGCUAGUGUGAUUCUACACCGGACCCAGUGAUUGUUCUCAUAACGGCCCACUUUGACUGCCAGACGCUGUAAUUAACAUGUCAACAACAUCUUUACAAUAAAUGAGAGGAAAAAGGGAAACGGGUUGAAGAUUUGACAUCUUCUUCAAAGCUAGUGAUUUAUUACUCUGCCUGCUCUUCUCAUCCCAUUUAUGAGCUCUGAAUCACAGUUUAGGGCCUGAGACGAGCCUUCCUGGGAAAUGUAUCUACUCCAGAUCUGCAGUCCGCAUGUCAGCGAGCUCCGAUGGGUAAAUGGCAUCAGUUCAGGACAUUCCACAUUAGUGCUGGGACUAGAGCCUGCUACAGAGUCAGUCGAACACAGUUUCAGAUGUUUUGCCUGGGAGGCACAACUCAGGGCUACAAAACAAAAAAGCAAAAAGAGAGGGGAAACAAAAGCUUUAUUCUGUGAUGGUUGCAGUCACCAUGACUUGUAUUGUUUCAAGAAAUAUUGGUUCUCUUGUUGAAAUUUUCUCAGCUACGGAAAUAGUUUUUGUUGCCAGGGAACAAAAAAAUCAUCUUCCCUGACAGCUACACUGACUGUCUCGGUGACAGGAUUGUUACACUGUGACUCUGAUCUGUCAGUCUGACCAAGGCAAAUAUUUAUCUGUUAUUGUGGGUGUUGGGAAUGAAACACUUAACAAGUGAGUGAGUCUGACAGGGCUGUCUGGUGAUGUAAUACUGGGGGAGAUUAUGCUGAUUUUUGAGCAGAAAAGUUACUUUUAUUUGUGUAAGAUAAUUUUCUGCAUUUUCAAACUAUGGUAUGUGUAUGGUAGCACCACUUAAAUUCUAAUCUGUAAAUCUUAAUUAACUUAUUCAGGUAGUGAUUAGCCUUAAGUUUACAUUACUUCUCAGAGACACUGAUGGUGUUACGCAUUCCUGCUUUUUCUCAUGACAUUGUAGGAAAAACAAUCAAGUACUGACAUCUGUGAAGGACUGAAUCAUCCUUAUGAUCUGAUCUGUUUAAUUUUUUUGAACUACAUUUGGGAUAAAGCGGGUUUAUUAACUUUAUUUUAAUUAUCAAUGUGUAAAUCUUUCAUGAAAGAAUGAAACAAUUACAUAUGCAAAAGUGUUACUUUGUGGCUCCUCUUUCAUCUUUUCUACGGUGCAACUCACAGACUGAAAUAUACUGUAGAGAAAGAAAAAGAAGUAUAAUAAAGCUAACUAAGUGUC